AUGUCCACCUACUACCUCUUCAAACUAACGCCCACUCUCUCCUCCCCCUCCCAGAUCCGCGCCCUAUCCGACCUCACCAACGACCCAGAAAUCAUGACCGACGACGACAACCCCAACAUCCGCUUCGUCAUCAUCAACACCCAAACUCGCACCGACAGUGCCACUCACCUCAGUCCUGGCAAGGGGCUGUUUAUUCCACUCCCGACACCUGCUGCCAAGGAACUGAGUGACGAUAAAGUGCUCGGUAAUCGAGAGAUGACUGCGCCUGGACAGAAUGAGUACCCAGUCACGUAUUUCUUCUACGGGACGUUGGGUGAGCCGGAGAAGUUAGGGGGCGUCAUUGGCCUUGGAGAAGUUCCAGUGCUUGCGAGAGCGAGUGUUAAAGGUGGGAAGAUCAAGACAUGGGGCGGCAAGUAUCGAGCGCUGGUUGAUGGAAGUGAAGAAGAUGUGGUUGAAGGUGCGAUGUAUAUUGUCACAGACAAGGCAGAAGAAGAUGCGCUACGGCAUUACGAGGGCGCGAGCUAUGAGGUGGUUAGAUGCGAGAUUCACACAGAGAGUGGGGAGAAAAAGCAGGGGUUGACGUUUCGGUGGUGUGGGCAAGAGGACCUUGGAGACGUGGUAUGA